UGUAUUUUGUAUUAGCAUUUAUCGUUAAACGGGGAGCAAAAUCAAACAAAUUUACCAAAUUCCUUGAUCUAUUUUGAAACUUUUAUACCAGUGGUAACAUCAACUGUAAAGAAACAAGUAUGGAUAUGAGCCAGAAUGAGAGAAAACGUGCUUCCUUGCUGUGUUGCCGAGCGUGCCUCACUACCCACAAUAGAUUGUUCAGUAUGCACGAAUAUCGUCUUUCCGAUGCCUUUUCGUCCAUCUUAGGAACUCCUGUAGAGCAAGACACACUGCCACAAUACCUGUGUGUGUACUGCCAAGCGAUGCUGCGCAAAUGUGUGUCAUUCAAGAACAUGUGUCUCCGCACGCAACAGAGCAUUUUGGCGCAACUCUUUAAGAUGGACCCAGACUGUACUCAAAGACUAAAUCAUCCUAGCCCAUAUUUCAAUUUAAGUAUAUCUCCCGUUAAACUUAUAGACUGCAUAUCAGCAGAAGAUAUAAAAGUUGAACCGAUCAUAGACACAGAUGACAUCAACAGUAUACAAAACACAGAUUUGAAAAUAGAAGACGAAAAUGAUGAUGAAGUAAGAAUAGACAAUGAUUCAGCUAUAGAUUUUCCUGUAGUAAAACAUGUUAAUGAUAGUAAAAAGAGAAAGAGAAAAAUUGGUAACACCGUCAAGAAAAAGAAAAAAAUUGAAAUUGAAUUUGAUGAUGAAAUAGAUGAUGUCAGCACUGUUGAUAGUGACGAAAGUUAUAAAUGUAAGAAAACACGAAAACAAAGGAAAUCUGUUGUUAAGAAAGAGACGAGAGACUUAAAAUGUGAUAAAAUUAAACGUGUAAAAGAAGUGGUAAGAAAGAAUGAGAAAAAAAUGACUAAAAGUGCAUCGGAUGAUUCUGCUGUUGAGAGUGCUUAUGCUGUGCAAAUUGUACAUUUGAGCAAGGAGGAGCAACUGGAAGAGAUCGCCGCGCGCAAGAAGUCCCGCAACUACCUGGAGUCCCACUACCGAUGUGACGACUGCGGAAAAGGAUACGAUUCGGAAACAGCCUUCAACAACCAUCUAGUUAGACACAGCCCGAGCGCCGGUACACUUGUGUGCGAAAUAUGCGCGAUGCGCUUCAACGUGAAGUGCCGCCUACAAAAACACGAGGAGUCGCAUCGGCUCAAGUUCAUAUGCAAGUUCGGAGACAGUUGCAACUUUGUCUCGCGGGACAGGGCGCAUGCCAAGAACCAUCACGCCAUGCACGCCGGCAAGACGUUCGAGUGUCAGCACUGUGGGAAGACCUUCAAUAAAGGCACAACGUAUCUGACGCACGUGCGGCUGACGCACCCCGCCAUGAACGUGGCAUGCGACAUUUGCGGCGAGACCUUCGUCAGCCAGAAGGGGGCGCUGCUACAUAAGAAUAGGAUGCAUCCCGAGAAUGUUAAGCUUCAAAAACACAAGUGCGGCGUCUGUUCAGCGAGCUUCGUGAGCGCGGAGGCGCUGAGCCUGCACGCGGCGGCCGGCGACCACGGAGCGCGCGCGUGCGAGCAGUGCGGGGAGAACUGUGCGAGCGAGACACAACUACAGGAACACGUUGAGAAGGCUCAUCCGAUUGAGAUUCAUCGGUGUGAGGAGUGCAACAUGACGUUUUCUACCUCUGCCUCGUACGACACCCACCACAGCCGCAAACACUUGAACGAGCAGAGCCGCCGCCCGCGCCCGCCCGCCCGCAAGAAGUACGCCGCCAGACCGCGCGCUCCGGGACAGUUCGUGUGCGAGCAGUGCGGGACCAUCAAACCGAACGCAGCCUUACUCCGGUACCACCAGCGCAUACACGAGGGAGUCAAACCGUUCGCCUGCGAACACUGCCCCAAGGCCUUCACGUUGAAAUCUUCGCUAGUUUGGCACACGCGGACUCACACGGGGGAGAAACCAUAUCAAUGUGCAGAAUGCCCGCGCGCGUUCAGCUCUAAGGCUAACUUCAACAGGCAUCACAAGACAGUCCACCUAGGCAUCCGAGGUCAGUUCCCGUGUUCGGUCUGCGCACGAGUGUUCACGACGCGGUCGGACGCGCGCGUCCACACUAACGCCGUGCACCGCGGCCUGCCCUGGCCCAAGCGAGACCGCUCCAGGAAGAAGAAUACCGGACUAGACAAUAAAUGAAAUGUCUCA